UAACAUCUGUGCAAGUCUUGAUUGGUUUCAAGAAACACGUGAUGCACAUUUUUAAAUACUUCAAAUAUCAAUCAUUAGCACUAUGUCUGCCUCCGUGAUUUCAACGACAGACGCUAACACCAUCGAGAUGAAGUUCAUCAUCUUCUUCCUCUGUCUCCUUGCUCUGAACUUUGGCGAGAGGAAAGCCCUGAUUGUACCGUUUGACCCAGCAAAGGACCCAGUUCUCGAUCCGCGUAUACUUCAGCGUAAUAGGUGUGUCGAUGUUGCCCUUGCCAGCACAGAGCAGGAGUGCGUACAGGAUUGUAGAAUAGAGUGCUUGGACGCCAAUUCCAACGACAACCUCGAACUUGGCUGCGAAUUCGCCUGCAAAGGAGUCCAGAAUCUUCUUAAAUUGAUUGCCGAAGCCAAAUCCACCACCGCUGCUACUACAUAAGGUAUAUGUAAUCGGCCAUGAAUAAACUGUAACUUCUC